UUUUUAGAAAGAGAAUGAAAAUGUGUAUGAAGCCAAAGAAGGAACUAAAUUCCCUGUGAAGUGGACCGCUCCGGAAGCCAUGCACGACAACAAGUUCAGCAUUAAAUCAGAUGUUUGGUCCUUUGGAAUCCUGCUGUAUGAGAUCAUGACGUUUGGACAGAUGCCUUAUCCCGCCAUGACCAACUACCAGGUGGUUCAGAGGGUUCCCCAGGGCUACAGGAUGCCAUGCCCCCCCAACUGCCCCAAAGUCAUGUAUGACAUAAUGAUGGACUGUUGGAAGCAGGACGAGCCGGACCGGCCCACAUUCGAGACGCUGCAGUGGAAGCUGGAGGACUUCUUCGACAUGGACGUGACCUCGUACGACGAUGCCGCCCGGUACUAGCACUCUGAGGCGGCUGUGAGACACUGGAAGACACAAAUAAAUUAUUCUUUCUGCACUGAAAAUAAAUCAAAAUCACCUGAAUCCAAGCAUGAACAAGUUCACAGAUUGAAGUGUAAUUAAAAUGUCCACCCAUUGCGGUCAAGUGAAGGAUCUAAAAUGUUUGAUCUGCAUGUGAUAGAACACUGAGUGUGUCUGGAUGCAGCAGUUGGUGAGGACACAUGUCUUUGUUAGACAACUCAAUGCACUUUCAGACAGGCUGCUGUAACUAAAGCACAGAGACAGAGAGCUGCUAUCCGUCCACCUCCUCCAACUGGUUCUUCCUGCUGAAAGGAAUGUGUGCAAUACAUUCUUUCCAUUGCCAAGCUACCUGCCAUAAGUCACGAGUCACUUCUGACACGCUCCGUCAGUUCCAGAGUGGCAGGUGCCCUCAACUGCACUCAUUCCUAAAUGCAUAGCUACAAGUGAUUUAAGGUUAUUUAAAGGAAGAAGACCGUCGUUGGUCCCAGCUAAAGGGGCCCAGUAAAUUAAAGAUAAUAAGACUCUAAACUACUACUUCGCUCUUAAGGCCACGGCUUGAUUAUAUAAUGAAAUAGUUUCACUUCAGCCUUUGUCCCCUGUAAGACAGGUACAAGAGUUAAAAUGAGGUAUGGAUGUGGUCCAGUUUCUACCGAGCCCUGAAGGAGGAAUGGACAAACCCAAAUGACCUUCUAUUAAUUUACAACAUUAUAUUAUAUUUUUAACUAAUAAUUAGAGCUGCACUCUCAUCUAGAAUGAAUUAUAAACAAUAUAUUAUUAAGCUUGGUCAUAACUCUUCUUCAGCCUCCACGUCCAGUCUUAACCCUCUUUUAGCUUCUUUUUGGUCUCCACCAACUCCUGAGAAAAUGUCUAAGUCUUUAAAAAUACUCCAUGGUUUGAAACGGCUUCCUGCUGUUGAUAGCUAGGAGAGAUUUACUAAUGCAUAUUCUUUACAAUUAAAACACAAGUAUUAUCUUUGACAUCGCAUAAACGGUGUGUUAAAGGUUGUUUAAUGUAAUAUCCUUGUAUUUUGUGUGCAACAUUGGAGUAAUUUGACAGCACAGAUGAUUAUUAUGAGUGCACACAGAUGUUACUUAUUUCUCCUUUAAUACCUGCUGGCCCUUUUUUCUAGGGCCCCAAAUCUCCCAGCCUGCUCCUGGACUAAUGACUCAAUGACUGAACUAAGCGACACUGUGUGCCCGAUCAUUAGGAAUGAUUUGUGUCAGAUCUGCGUCCACAUUCGUUCUGUGGCUCAGUGUGAGUGGUGGAUGAUUUCAUGCUCUGAUGAUUCUGUAUUAUGUUUUUAGUUUCAUUACAUCAUAUGCAUGCCAUUGUUUAUAUAAUCCUGUAUUUUACAUUAUUAAAUGAC